AGUAGAUAAGAAUAAUGAAAGACAACCGAAGGAAAAAAAUCCACUUUAGACCAAUCGAACAUUCCAUUACCUUUCAUACUUAAAUUCUCUUCUUGCUUUCUAAUUCUCUCUUCUUCCCUCCUCCAAACUCUGCUGAAAAAACUCGGAAUAUUCGCCUAUUUUCUUCUCCUCAUUCUUCGCUAUCUUCUCAGGAUUGCUUCCUAUAUAUUUACGCCAUUAAUGUCCUUCACUCAAUCAAAUUCACAGAUAAAUUAUUGUUCGUUGACUGUGUUUUUGAUUUAGUAAAAUUGAUCAUUAGCAAAUAAAAUAAUCGUUUUUUUUUUUUUUUUUUUUUUUUUGACAUUUUCGUCAUUGAUUGAGUCAUUGAGUGACUUCUGCGCAAUCGCGUGAAAAACCCCUAAUGUUAGUGUUUGAUUGACGAUAUUGGAGUUUUGUUGGUAUUGGGCAUGAGAUUAGACGGUGAAAUUGAAAAUGAAGAAGAGCGAGGAAACACUAAAGAAAUGAAUUUAGUUUCGAAUUCGGAUUCUUCAUUGAUUAAUUUAGGGUUUUCGCAACAAAUUGUGGUUGGUUAUGCGUUAACUACGAAGAAGAAGCAGAGUUUUUUGCAACCAAAACUUGAACUCGUUGCUCGAAAUAAAGGGAUUUUAUUUGUACCUAUCGACCAAAAUAAGCCCCUGGCGGAGCAAGGUCCUUUUGACAUUGUUUUGCAUAAGUUGUUGGGAAAUGAAUGGAGCCAAAUUCUUGAGGAUUAUAGACUCAAGCAUCCAGAUGUAACGGUCCUUGAUCCUCCUCAUGCGAUACAAUGUGUGCGAAAUCGACAAUCUAUGCUCGAAGAUGUUGCUGCUUUAGAUUUGGAUGAUUCUUUUGGCAGAGUUUGUGCGCCUAAGCAGCUAGUUAUCAAGAAAGAUCCUAAAUCGAUUCCUUUUGAGGUUGCCAAAGCCGGAUUGAGAUUGCCAUUAGUGGCAAAACCUUUGUUUGUGGAUGGAAGUGCAAAGUCACAUGAGCUCUUUCUUGCAUAUGAUAAUGUCUCUCUAUCUAAGCUUGAGCCUCCAUUGGUUCUUCAGGAGUUUGUUAACCAUGGUGGGGUUAUGUUUAAAGUCUAUGUUGUUGGAGAUGCAAUAAAAGUCAUAAGGCGAUUCUCUCUUCCUGAUGUCUGCAAGAGAGAGCUUUCAAAGUAUGCUGGCGUUUUUCAGUUUCCAAGGGUUUCUUGUGCUGCAGCCUGUGCUGAUGAGGCAGAACUGGAUCCUGGCGUUGCCGAGCUUCCUCCAAGACCCUUGCUUGAGAGGCUUGUUGAGGAGCUUCGCCGCCGAAUGGGGCUUCAACUGUUCAAUAUUGAUAUUAUCCGUGAGCAUGGAACAAGAGAUCUCUUUUAUGUGAUAGACAUAAAUUACUUCCCUGGUUAUGGAAAAAUGCCGGGGUAUGAGCACAUAUUUGCUGAUUUCCUGGCGGGUCUUGCGGACAGCAAAUACAGGAAGAAACUUUGUGUAUAAGUGUUCAGAGGACGAAGGGGGUAGCCACUGUCAUCAAACGUGCUUUACUGCUUUUAGUUCCAUAAAAAAGUGGAACAGGUUUAACAGUUCUGGAUUAUCCGAUUGUUAACUGGUAAGAAUAACCCUCCACAAUGCUUAGCCUUUUAACAGUUGAAGCAUUAAGGUUGGCGAUGCUAGUGGCUUAUAUAAUAAGCUGUGAAGCAAUCUUGUUUAUGUAAAUAUUUUAAUCAGGUAUAAUCUCAUCCGUGUUGUGGGGUACUUUGAUCUGUGCAUUGGAUUUGGCGGGAUUUAAAUCGUUCGUGAUUGCUGGCAGAACUUCUGGGUAAACCAAAUACAAUAAGAAGCGAAGCUAAAUAGUUAUAAUCCUCAAAUCCCUUAAUUCACUUCCCUCUGUGUCUAAUAAUUGAUUCAUAUAAUCCAAGCAACUAUAGAAAAUAAGGAUUGUAUUCAUAGUCCCUGUAGAGAUGUGCAUCUCUGUAAUUCUUUUGUUUUAACAGAGGACUUUCUAUUGUAGGCCUGUAGCUAUUUGCGUAAUUAAAUUAGCAGUCGGUUUUUGUGUAACAUUAUCUAUUGACGUUUUCAAAGUACUUAAAUUAGAUUUGAUCUCCAAUUGUGCGCUGUAUUUUAAGCCUCAUGGCAAUCUAUGAAUGUGACUUCACCAUUUAGGUUUCUGUUGCCCAUGAAGAGGAAAACAAUGGCUAUAGAUUAUAAGUUCAGCCGAUGUGUUGUGUUGACAUAUAAUCACGCACAAAUUGUUGUAUAAGACAGUCUAUAUAGACUAAAUCUAGUCUAACUAAUAAUACAAAUUUCAUUAUAUAGAAGGCCGUCUUACUAAGAGACGUUCUCCUACAAUAGUUACUGAUAAUUAAGGUAGUAGAAAAUUCAGUUAAAAUAAACUUGAAAAUCAAAUGAAGAUGGAUAUACCGUUUUUGAGU